AUGGAAAAUGGUGUCCAGUAUAGCGACAUCAAUUCCGAAACUUUUUCUCUAUCCUCCUCGAUAUAUCGGGGAGUGAUGGAAAAUGGCCGACGGUAUCAAACUAUGCGCGAGGGCGAGUAUUGGGGUCCUGCAGAUGACCAGCAUUUUGAAGCACUAGAGGCAGGGUAUCUUUCACAACUUGUGAUGGACUCGGAAUCUCCAAACGCACUAUUCCAGUCUCCCAUUCAAAAUCCUCAGAAUGUUCUUGAUAUCGGUACAGGUCGAGGAACCUGGGCAAUUGACAUUGCAGAUAUGUUCCCCAGUGCCAUGGUUCGCGGAGUCGAUCUUUUCCCACCGCCUAUCGAUUGGAUGCCUCCCAAUUGCGUCCUAGAGGUCGACGAUGUUCUCCAAGAUUGGACAUGGCGCGACCCGUUCGAUUUCAUUCAUAUGAGCAUCAUGAUAGGCGCCUUUUCCAAACAAGAAUGGAAGAGCGUGUACCAACAAUGCUACGACAACUUAAUACCCGGGGGCUGGAUCGAGCAAUUUGAAGGAUCCUGUAACAUCAUGUCGGAUGACGGCAGUCUACCCGAGGACAGCAUUCUUGCAAACUGGGGAGAUAAUCUCAUUGCUGCCGCGAACAAAUCAGGACACCCGAUGGGCACACUCGAUACCAUGCGGGAGCAGAUUGAAAAUGCCGGCUUCGUCGACGUACACGAGAAGGUGUACAAAUGGCCGAUUGGAGGCUGGGCAAAGGAUCCCGUACUCAAGGAGGCGGGGAGACUAAAUUCAACAAUGUGGAAGUCCGGCAUGGAAGGGUGGGCAAUGUAUCUCCUCACACGAUACGGUUCCCCUAAGCCGUGGGCGAAACAAGAAGUUCAGGUUCUAAUUGCAAAAGCUCGUUCCGAGUUGAAAGAUCCGGCACAUCACGUAUAUAUCCCAGCGCGACGCAUCUGGGCACGCAAGCCUACCAAUGAAGAGGUAGCGGAGCGGAGUAAAGGCACGCCAGAGUCUACUCGGACUGUGCAACGAGUUGAAAGGGCACCCGUGCCUAUCUCCGAAUCUCCCACAUCCAGCAGAUCCAAGUCGUCCUCACUGGAGAGGCCAGCCGCUGUGAACCUUUCUUAUCUCCAAAGUUCACCUGAUCUUGAGGAUUCUUCCACCACAGAUGCAACAUCCCCACGUGCAUGUUCUCCUCGUGAUUGGAACAACAUAUGA